ACCAAAAAUUUCAAAUUUACAUUUUAUAACAUGCAUAAAACCAACAGUACCACGUGAAAGUACUGAGAAAGAAGUUCCAUUUGAAUGGUCACAGCACAGGGUUUCAUCCUUUAAUUAGACUCAAAACUUAGAACUACAUGGUUAAUAAAUAGUUCCACUUGAAAGCACUAGUGAAAAGGUUUCACCAUGAGAUCCCAUCCACAGACUCAAAACUUAGGACCAUGUAAAAGUACUGCUGAAGUCGUUCCAUUUGAAUGGUCACACCACAUGAUUUCAACCGAAGACUCAAAAGUUAGAUAUGCGUCACAAUUGACUCUCGGCGUCUCGCUCUUGUAGGCAUAUUUUUAGAUUUUUUUUUUGUUACUGCGUGGUAAAUGUUAUCUCACUCUAUAUUAUUAGAUUUAUUUCCCAAUAAACCACACGUUGUUUUCGUUGCACCAUGGAGCUGAUUUGGUGACGCUAUCGCUCUUUUAUUGGCCGUUACAAAAUGGUUAGAUAUUCCAUAGUUAUUAGAGGAGACUGGUUAUGAAAAGCGGCAAACAUCAAUGAUAAGAACAACAGUGCUGCAGUUUAUGUUGGAAGUACCGUGAAAGUGCACAAUCCUUUGUUUUCUGUUGGCAAAUUGUUACGGAAUAAAUUAAUGCAACGUUUUUAUUGGUCAAUACAAUCAAAAUGAUAGCAAUUCUUUUGAACGUUGUGCACUUUCAGGUCCACAAAAACAUAUAACAAAGGAGUCUGACGGGUUUCAUAACCAUUCCACUCAAUUAACUAUGGAUAUUCGUCCCCCAAAACCGUCUCAUAGUGCAUUCAACACAACACCGCUACCUCAAAAAAGCCAAUAGAAAGAAUGUUGCUGUUACAAUUAAAAAAUUGUCACUUGAUUUUCAGGUUUUACCCACUUCCUUUCCCAGUUGCUUCCCAGUCCAGUGCGCGCGCUGUAUCGACGCAUGCGCUGAGUGAAAGAAUGAAAGAAAUGAGCGAAAGGAUCGAAGCAAUGGAUCAAAUCACGCAGAACAUGGACAGAGAAUUUAAGAGUUCGCGCGUGGUAAGUACCAGGCUGAUUUACCAACAGAACGGGAACGUCAGUUGACGACGGUGCGAGCUAAUUAAACAACUGGCUUGACCAAUGGCAGAAUGGCAAAUUGGGCACCGGAAAUCGAGUUUAGUCCUUUCUGCGCGCUCACUACGCCACCGUUGGUUUCUGGGAUCGUAACUGAGGGUGUUCCGGUCAGUGAGUCUGCGUAGCAAGCGGCUCUCGUUCCACUUUUCGCGCGGCCAAAACCGAAAAUCCCGUUCCUCGUCGUUCCUCGGUCUUUCUUUGCUCCGAAACCACACGGAAACACUUGCUGCGCAGGCUAGCCGGUCAGCAGCCCGUCAGCUAUUAACCAUUUUCUUACUGACCUUAGUAAUAGUCCCAAAACUCUUUGCGAAAGUUAACUUGACCUAGUCUACUUUUCCUUUCCAAAGUGGUGAAUCUGUUUGCAAGUUUACGUACCGUGAACAUUCUUUCUCGCUCUAUAACCCGCGGCAGUUUUACAAGGACGACAUCCCCUGUGAUUUUUAUUUUGAUAAUAACUGGUCUCGCUAAAGUUUCUUCCGCGGACAGAACUAUAGAUGGUAGGGAAGAACUAGUUAAGAGUUCACAUCUAAAACUCAGACUCAGUAUAUCUAUGAAUAACAAGCCACGAAAAAAACUGUUCAUUCGCUUUCAUUUUAAUGACAACAAGGAUCAUUUCAACAGAAUAAGAAAUUGUACACCCGCUGAAUGAUUCAUUAUAUGGGAAGAAUAUUGGUGCAUAAUUAGUUCUGCUUCUUUUUUCCAGCUUCUUUCAGCUAUUCAAAGCAUUGAUGAAGUGCUAAACCCAUCUCCAACGGAGGAUGAAUCCUUCCCGAGGUCCCGUCGAGGAACGCCCCGGAGAUGGGGAGAUAACGCACCUUGGAGAAAAGCCUCCAAAAGAAUGCCUCAACAACUACAAAAAUCUGAGGGUUGGUUACUUUACCAUUGGUUACGCAUAUUAUUGCUAAUUCAGGAGUGCAGUUAGCAAGGCUUCGAAGAGUGUAGAGUUACAAACUGUUGGCUUAAUUAUUUUCCUCGUUAACCCUUUAAGCCCUAAUAUCUUUAUAUAAAUUCUCCAAACUGAUCUUCAUACAUUUCCUUAAAGAAUUAUUUGAGAGAAUUUGAUAAAAGAUCAAUGCAUUUUCCCUUAGGUGAUCAUUUUAUUUAAUCUCAUAACCUUUUCUCUUGAUUUUGCACUGACAUUGUUAGGAUAAAAUUGACGUUGGUCGUUCUACUUAAUGGAGUUAGUUUCUAAGGAAACUGCGGCGCUGCCAGCGUGUUUGAGGAGUGAAACAUCAAAAUUUAGUUUUGUCAAAUCAAUGGACCAACUAAGUCAACCUUGUUCCCAGGAUCCUACUCGUCCCCUGGAGUGAGAGAGAAUCGAGUAGGAGGGACCCUGGGAACGAGGUUGCAAGUGAAUUUGCCAUCGCAAUCAGAUUCCAAAGCUGGUAUCUCGAGCACUAGCUAUUCCUUCCAUAUUCAAAACAGUUGAUAAAACGUAAUUUUUCCUUUCCUGUUUAGAUACGGAAGAUAGCGUUGAUGUUGACGUAGAAACAGAAGCGAGAGUUGACGUGGAUAAAGAAGGAGAUGCUGAAGUCGAAGAAAGGGCCAGCGAAGGUUCUGAAGAACAGGUAGUUUCUGAGGUAGAACAAGAUGAUGACAGACGCUCCGAUGAACAACAAGAAGAAGAGGUCGGAGACAGCGUUGAAAUGCGGAGUGAUGGUGCAAUAGAAGAAGGCGAAACAGCGUUUGACGGAGAAGAGACAGCUGAUGACAAGCAUGAAGAUUAUAACAUGGACAUCAAAGCCGAUGCUGAAUGGGAUCGCCAGAAAGACCAACCUGCAGCCCCUUCACAGCAUCAUGAAAGGUAACAUACUUUCUAGCAGUUUUUAGUCAUUCAUAUGUUUCGUCAAGCCAUUCAUUUGAACGACGUCGUUUCUCAAGUGUCCCAAGCCUUCUUGAUUUAUCGUUGUUUAUCUACAAAAGCUUCUUUUUAACUGUUCGCUCAAACUUGUGAGUACAGUAAGUGUGGUAAAAGGUCUCCCUUCACGGAAAUUCCUAAUAUUUUAGUGAUCUAGAACUAAUUUUUCUCUCCAGCAUUAAGACAUGUUUCCACCGUUUUCACUGAUAUCAGCAUUUAAGAAAUAAGCGCGAUUUUUAAGCAAAUAGAAUAAGUAGAUUGGUUAUGAUAGCAUGCCGUCAAUACACCUAUGCACACCUAGAACUAUUCUAAUUUUGAAGUGGCAUAUUCUAUUCCCUUGCAAUGUUUUAUUUAUUAUUUUAAUUCACUUAUUUAUUUUUUGUUUUCUUUCAGAGAUGCAAAACCUCAGGUUUAUGAUCAUUUAGAUUCUCUUUCAUUAACACCGGAGAAGCUGAAGGACAUACUCCACGACAAAGACAUAAAAAGAACUCGGUAGGUUAAUUUGUGACUUCUACACUGUAGAUUUUAACAAGCGAACUCUCUUGACACAUGUUGAAUACCUGCUUAGCAAAAGCAUAAGAAAUGGAAUGAGAUACCAAGCAUUGCGUGCCGGGCAGGAAGACGAUUACUGGGAUUGUUUGAGUGGACGAGCAUUAGUUUUGAUUGGUCAAUGAUAUCCAAAGGCAACAAUUAACCAAUCACAAAUUACGCUUGUCUACCCAAACAAUCCCAGAAAUCGUUGUCCCGAAGGCUUGUACCCAUUCUCCCUCUGAUGUAUGGAGUGGAAAAUUGCCUCCUAUUGUUUGGCGGGCAAGGCGUUUGUUAAAAUUAUCUAGGACCGUUUUAUGAUGCUUUAAUUGUCUUCCCGUAGCAGAGACCCCAGCCCAGAUGCUAGAAAAUAUCUUAGGGAAUGGAUGAACAAGAAGCGUUCAGAAAAGCAAGCUGAAUGGCGGAACCAGCAGGAAGAACUUCGUGCACAGGAACAUCAACCUUUCAUGUCUCCCACACAGGUAAGAAAGGAUCGAAAAAAAGACAGAAUUAGCUAGGAUUGUUAAAUCGAUGUUAAGGCGCGGACACGCCAUGUAGUAUCGCACGGUACUUCAAAUCCGCACCGUUUGUCCGCCCGCGUAAUAGCUUGUGCAAGGACUCUGAUUACAUUGGUCCUGCAGUCCCUUAAAUUGCUUGUAAGAAGUUGCACAUGAUAUCAUAUCGUGUGGCCAUCGGGAUUUUAAAAGUUCUAAGCGAAUUUGCAUCGUGUGGCUUCGCCUUUACGUAAUUAUAAAUCUAAAAACGAUAAACCGCGGAGUCACUUUCAUAGAGUUCUGGUUAAUGUGAAGUUAUCAUGAGGUGGAAAUAUCAUUUCUCAAUCUACGGUUACAGUUGCCUCUCGCGUGCGUUCUUGCGUGACAACGCGUGGCUACCUCCCUGGUGGUAGCCAAACCUUCGUAUUUAUGUUAUCUUGUUAUUUUAAGGGCACCGUUACUUUUAAAAAGAUGAAGUCGAUGGAAAAGGAAAGAGAUGUGAAACGCAGGUAAGAUUCAACAUUCUUCCUAAUCAUACUCAGAGAAUGAAUGAUGUGUCGUUAGUAACCUUACAAACGCCAAUAAAGACGUAAGUUUGUCCUGCCAAAUAAGGCAAUUAUACAGUUCUGGAGAAUUUUUUUUUAUUGAAUGAUGUUGAUAAGUUGUUAAGCACAAGUUAUCUAAUAAGAUGCAAACGCCAAGGCUAAAGACGUAAGUCUGCCGUGAGAAUAAAAAUUAAUAAUUACAAGAUUAACAAAAAAGGCAAACUAUUACAACAUAUAAAGAACUAUUACUGCAUAUAAAGCAAAAUAAACAUAACAAUUCUGGGUUUAGAAACUAAAAAGGGUUUCACCUAACGUUAACUUAAACAGGAAAACGGAAGAUCAACACCAACAGAAGAGAAUAGAAUCAGCGUCCAAUCUUCUCUCGGAGAUGCUGGCCGAGCCCGUUCCCACGGCCAAUGUUCGUAAGCCUAAUCUCCGCUAUGGGGGAAACAUAACUUCGCUUUCUACAAAACCUCUCCCAGGGAAAAAGAAAAGAACUGGCGAACGACACAAAACGUUACCUAAAAGUUCGCGUAAAGGUAAAGAGAAAAUUGACCAACGAAGCGUUAUAAAUGAAACAGCACUUCAACAGCCUCGUUUUCCAGCGAAAGGUAACCAUUCCGUUUACGAUGGAACUUAUCGUCCAGACUCGUUAUUUUCCGAGGAUUUUCCGGAUCGCGGUGCCGCAGAAAUUACAAACAUCAGAUCGCAAAGAACCCCUCGAUACGACGUAAUACGAACUGGCAGCCCGGUCGUUUCAGACGAACAAGAUCUUGCCAGUUUAGUACCAGAUAAAACUGACCGAAACGAUAGGUUACAUGCGAAGACAACUGCUCCGGGCGACGACUAUUGGCGUUCGAAAUCUCCUACUGGCGCCGAGUUUGUUACGAAGCAAACAUAUCGGGACUUUGCUAAGAACCAGCCGAAACGAUUGAAAGCGCGCGAAACUGCCUUGCGCAGGACUCCCCCUGGGGGUAUCAGUGCGCAAAGAUUUUCGUCGCAGCCAAAAGGCGUUACAACUAUGGGACGAACGUUCGCGAGGACACAACCAACUUACCCUCUCCUCCCUGGCAGUGAGACGUUAGCGGAAGUAGAUCGGUUGUUAGAGGAGGACGUCGAUGGUUUUUCGUUGGAUGAAGAGAACCUUGAAGGAAUAGAAAGCCUGUUGGAAGGUGAUGAAGAAUUGAAGGACUUGUUAUCUGAUGUGGACUGGCGAGGUAUUAAUAAGGUCAGUGUGUUAGUUGAAUUUCGUAUUCAGUUAACCUAUAGUCGUGACCCCAUACAACACUUUACUCUGUAAUUUUACGACAAAUUCUGCGUUAGGGUAAUUUAUUUUCAGUACCAACUAUAGGUCGAAUAAAACGCCCAAUCGCGCGGAAAAUCGCAUCCAGCGAGGAAUCGCGACGCGCGCGAGGCAAUUUUGUGUUCCCUCGCGUGCCUCGAAAGCACUUUUCUCUCUAAGAAGGUAACAAACUAUUCGCAGGCACUAGCGCGCGAGCGUAAACAUUAGGACAUACGUACGCGCAUAAUGUCAUAUUUGACUUAAUUCACGAUACCAGCUCUCCUCAACCCGAUGAUAAACAAGAUGGCGAACAAAGCGUCCGCCAUAUUGCUUUUGAUAUGUUCGCAUGAGGUCUGGGUCAAAGUGACCUAAGACUGGUCCAAGGCGUUGUGCUUAUGCUUGUGCUUCUGUCGACUCCGUUUUCACCAGACAAAGCUACGACGCCAGCACGAGCACAAGAAGAACGAACUUGUCCGUUUUUCUUGUGCUUAUGCUUAUGCUUAUCCGCUAGUGAAAACCAGGCUUAAAGCACCAACAAAAGUCUAAACCUUGAGUGAUCGUGGUCGUCAGUACUUCUGACUCAACUGUAAAUGGUUGGCAAUGAUAGUUUAAAUUUAGAAACGACUGAAUAUUUCGGGGCUUUAGGGGCGACACCAGACACAAAUUACACCCUCUUAUCUAUCAAAGCAUUUGCAUUGAAUAGAAAUUUUCUUUUCAAUUAAAAGGCUUGUUUUUUUCACUUUUAGCCUAGAAGAGUUGAAUCCUCCGGGCUAACUGGUCAACGCUCUAAGCUGAUUAAUGGAAGAAUUAAAGAAAGGGAGAGAGAAGAAAGUAAGUUUUCUUGUCCGAUCACGCAAAGAAUACCUAACAUUUCCUUCGUCUUACAUCCUUAUAUAACUUUAUUUCACAAUAAUUAUUGCCUGAAAAUAUAAUAAAGAACACAAUUACGCCUUGGUAAACUGUCAUGUUUUGGUACUUGCAGUUGAUUGGCCAUCAAACGCGAACAGAGAUUACAGUCGACAUGAAGCUGAGCCAGGAGUACCUUCAACCAGCGUUCUGUUGCGGGAGGUUGAUAUUGACGUCAGUCCGUGGAGUACUGGACAGAGUUUGCGCGCAUCUGAUGAUGUUGCUCAGCUUCUGGUGAGUUAUGGGAUAGCAAUUUCAGUUGAAAGCUGUUGUGCUCUACCAGUAUUCCUCUGUUUGGUCGUCAAUUUUUUUUUCUCUUCGACAAAAAAUACUGCUCAGUAGCUUUCAUUUGAAUGGUAACACUUUAGAAUUUCUUCUACAGUGUUAAAAAUUAUGAUCACCUUCAGUGUAUAGGCAUAAUAAACAGCAUAACAAGAAACUAAUGCUCAAUAUAUAGCCUUCAUUUGAAUGGGCACAUCUGAAGAAUUCUUAAACCGAUACAAAAGUUACGACCACCCUGUAAAGGCUAAUAAACAGCACUUCGACACUACAUUCAACAGUUUUCACAACAAAUCUAGCCACGUUCCUAAACAUUCAAUAGACUUUUAUAGUCGUGUAGAAUAAGUGGUCAACAAAUCCCCCGCGGUUUUUACUUCCAUACGCGCGCUCGACGAUCUCUAAAGAGAAAAUAGACGGAUUGUGAACAGGCUAGAAUAAUGAACUCAGAAGUUUGAUGUAGCACCCAAUCAUUUUCUUAGAUUCUUUGUUGUUGUGUUUUAUUCGAGGCUGAUGUUGAUGAGGCUGUAGGAAAUAUGUCUGAGAGCACAGGAAGUACCCGAAGUCAAAUAGACUGGGAAGAAGUUAACAAAAUCAUGGGAGAAGCAUAGUUAUAGACAGAGCCAACAGCGAAAACAACGUUUAAAUCAGCUAAGUCUUGAUCCGUCUGUGUGUUCCUUUGCCCGUGGAAGUUUUGCUAGUUUCUCAGUAAUGCCAUGGUUCUUGUAUUAUCCAGUGUGGGAUGUACAUUGGUAUAUACCGAAAUUUAGCAAGCAUCAUGAUUUGGUUGGCAUUUUCCCUUUGCUUGGUUUUCUGUUGAUAUUUCACAUACUUAAUAUUCAGCAUAUCGACAAAAGCUGAGGAUCUCAAAAUUGU